AACUCAUCAACCCAAACUCCCAUACUCCCCCCGACAAAAAAACAACAACAUUCGUGAUCCGGUUCGAAUUUUGCGGCCAACAAUCAAUCACGUACAAAAAGAUGGAUGAUCAUGCUUCUUUCCACCAAUUUUACCAAAACACAUCGGAAUAUUCCUCCCAAUACUCCAACUACAAUAAUAAUUACCUCCCCUUCAACGAGAACGACACCGAGGAAAUGCUCCUCUACGGGGUCAUCAGCCAGGCCACCACCGCGUCUCCGGCCAGCUCCGGCGGCGAAGAAGCGUGCUCCUCGACGGCGGAACAGCAGCAGCAGCUCUCGUCGUCGCCCGACGAGGAGGUCGCCUACAGGGGAGUGAGGAAGAGGCCGUGGGGGAAGUACGCGGCGGAGAUCAGGGACUCGACGAGGAACGGCGUCCGGGUGUGGCUGGGGACGUUCGACACCGCCGAGGAGGCCGCCCUGGCCUACGACCAGGCGGCAUUCGCCCUGCGCGGGAACAUGGCGGUGCUCAAUUUCCCGGCGGAGACGGCGCGGCGGUCGCUCCAGGAGAUGGGCUACUCGCACGGCGGGGAAGGGCCGUCGCCGGUGCUGGCACUGAAGAAGCGGCACUCGGCCAACAGGAAGGCCGAGAGCGGGCGGAGGAAGAGAGGGAAGGCUGCUGCUGCGGCGGCGGAGGAGGAGGUGGAAGGGAUGGUGGUGUUGGAGGAUUUGGGGGCAGAGUACUUGGACGAAAUCCUGGCCAUAUCGACGGAGAGUAGUGAUAGUACUGUUGCUGCCAAUUACAGUAAUGGUGGUGGGUACAAUCAUCAUUAUUAUUGGUGAGUCGGAUCCAGAGCGGCCGCUGAUGUGGCUCUUGUUUUUGUACUCUACUACCCUAUUUUCCAGUUUUGCAAAUUCUUUUGGCUAGUUGGUGGAUAAUGUUUCUUUCUUUUGUAAUGUUUUUUUCUUUUCUUUGUGGUGAUGUGUAUAAAAUAGAAGUGGCGAGGUGUAAUGAUUAAAUUAAGCUCACAAUUGAUCAAACUUAAGCUUUAUUAUAUGAAUUUUCUCUUUCGACGCUAAGCUUUAUGAAUUUAGAACAGCACGGAGAAAAGGAUUGAAUAUAUUUUUUUUAAAUGGAAUAAAAGAAUUUUAUAUCA